CAGGGAUGACUGACUGACUAACCGACUGUCUGUAUGACUGACUGUCUGACUGAUGAGGUGACUGACUGGAAUAGUUAUUAUAAAAGCUAAAAGCUGGACCUCAGCCUCAGAGGAGAGAGAGACAAGAAGAAAGACUCUUCAGCGUUGAUACCCUGGAUAUUCACCAAUUAUUUGACACACUGAAGUUCUGUGAAUAUGGUUCGUCCUUCCCGCCCCAGAGGUCACCGCCACUGUGACAGCUGUUUCAGCCAGUACUGCAAGGCCCCUGUGGAGAUCUCUGUGUCAUGUGUGCUCAUCCCCUGCCGCCUGCUGUGUGGCGCCAUCUUUCACCUGUGCAAAGAGGAGGAGCAUGUGCUACUCUGCCCCAAUGAGAGGGUGCCAUGCCUAAAUGCGGGCUUCGGCUGUCCAAUCAGCAUGCCCCGUUCCUGGCUGGCGGCCCACCUGCAGGUCUGUCCAGCCAGCGUGGUGUGCUGCUCCAUGGAGUGGAACCGCUGGCCAGCCGAGGACGCCCAGUCACACACACAUUCGGCCCUGCAGCAUAACCUAGUGAAGGAAGAGGAGGAGGGAGGAGGACACGGCGAGGCGCUGGACCUGGCCAUGGCUCUGAGAGAUCAGCACCAUUUGUUCCACUCCCUGAAGAUGAAGAAUCUCUUCCCUGAGCUGAUUGAGAGGGUGGAAGAGGAGGAGAGGGAGGAGCAGAGGAGAAGGGAGGGGAGGAGGAGGGAGAAGGAAGAGAAGAAGAGGGAGAGGGAGGCCAUGGAGGCACAGGGGGUGGAUGGAGGAGUGUCUUUCCCUAACAGGGUUGGCUGUGUGUCUCCUGCUAAUCGAGGAUGGUAUGGACCCCUCCCUGAGAAUAUUCAGGAGGCGGUUAGGGAGAGGGACAGAGAGAGGGAGGAGGAGAGAGAGCUGACCCAGGAGGAGAGGGAGGAGCUGGCCAGGGGAAGGGUGGUAGGAUCAGAGGGCCCGGUGGCCUACGUCUGGGAGCGCAUGUUUAACAUGGAGAGGGGAGGCUGCAUGAUAGCUGAGGCUAACCAAGAGGCAGUGGCAAGGGGCAGAGGUCAGGGUCAAGCAUCAGGAGUUAGAGGUCAAGAGAUGGAGUCACAUCAAUCACAGACCCUGACCACCACAGGGACACAGGCACUUAAUGACACACACACACACACAGACACACGCCCCAACCCCCAGUGCGUGGCCUGUCUGGCCGGCACUAAGAAGAAGCAGAUGUAUUACUGCAGCCAGCUGGAGCCCAUGAAAAUCAACACAGUGAGGACCUUUAAGAUUCCCACCAGCUUCACGGCCAAACACACACGCAUCAGGAACCCCGGACACCGGAAGAGGGUGGACGCGGCCGUGGACACCAGCGACCUGGGGGUGGAGCCACAGGACAUGCCUAUCUGGGAGGAGGUGCAGGCCAGCCUGCUGUGUUCUCUGGAGAAGGAGCAGAGGGGUCACCUGAUCGCUGAGUCACAGUCCAGCGACGCCCUCCUGAGCGACACGGGGACGCAGACCUACGCCUUCCUGUCAGCUCCGUUCAGUCGCGACACUUCAUUGGCCAGUCUGACGGAGGACCGCCCCCUCCAGCUCCACCUCCAGCUGCAGGCGAAGGGUGUGACGGCCCGACACAACAAGUCUAGCUCCGCCUUCACCUUUCUCUGUGGACACACCUUCCAACGCAGAGAGUUCCCCAAACACUUCAGGAACGUGCACACCGACAUACAGAUGUGUGCUAGUGGCUGGUUUGAGCAGAGGUGUCCCCUAGCCUACCUGGGCUGCACUUACAGCCAGAGGAGGUUCCAGCCCUCCACACACACUGCCACUGUCACCUACAACAAAGAGCUUAGUAGCUUCAGCCUGAGGCCCACUGUCCCUGCCUCUCUAAAUGAGGAGCCCCAAUACUCCAAAUCCCAGCCUGCUCCAGAACCAGUCUCAAACCUCAGGAGGCGAAGGUCGAGGGGUGGAGGAGGACGGGACCAGGACUCUCUGAGCACUCUGCCCUACGAGGUGCUGCACCACAUGGCCAGCUUCCUGGACAGCUUGUCCCUGUUCCAACUGGCCCUGGUGUCCCACCUCAUGAGGGAGGUGUGUUCCUCUCUGCUGCAUGACAGGGGGAUGGUCUCCCUCCUCUGGGAGAAGAAGACCUAUAAGACUGGCAUGGCCAAGUGGAAGGCCAAGAAGGUGGUGUGGCAGUUCAGUACUCUGUUCUCUCCAGUAGAAGCAUGGUGUUUUGACAACAAUGUACCCUCCAUGUCAGACCACCUGAAGGUGUGCCCUUACUACGAGAUGGAGCCCAGGACCGAGCGUGUGCUCCUGCCUCACAUUGUCAACAACAAAUUGAACACAGACACACAAAGCAACAGUAAUAGUCUGGUCACCCUGUUCCAGAAGAAGACUUGAAUAGUGUUUCAUAAGAUUUAAUAGUGGUUCAUUAGCUUUCAAUAGUAGUUCAUAAGGUUUGAAUAGUGGUUCAUUUGUGCUGCACCUACAAUCCUCUACCCUGAGUGCCUGUCUGUUUGUGCCAUCAUGCCAACUCCUUGUCACUCAUUGUCAUGCCAAACAUGUAUGGCUUGACAAUAACAGCAAUAGAGUUGGCAAGGGCAUAAACAUAUCUGGGACCAAGUUAGCGAUCCACUGAAAGAGCCACUGAACAUGCUGAUUGGCAUGUGUGUUUUUCUGUUGCUCAUUAGAAAAAUGAGAUUUCUGUCUUUAAAGUGCGUUUCCUGACCGAUUCUGCGCUUGGUUAAUGAUGUUUGUCCCCCAUGAGACACUGCGGAAGCCUAUUUCACUUCCUCAAAAUCCCCAGAAUAAAUCUAAAAUAACGCAAGAAAUCUGUAAUACAUUUUUACGUUUUUGCUAAGGAUGAUUUAGUUGCACAAUUCUACAUCUAACUAAGAUGUUUGGUGCAGUAUUUCUCAAGUUUAAAAAAAUUGCAACGUGUUGUCUAAUGUCGAAGUCGGAGCAGCUGGGCAGAUCUGUCUCAUAGUCUAUGCUAUUGUAUAGAGAGCAAUCAACGCAGCUGUUCACCCCAUGUUAGUGGGCAAAUUGACAUCUUCAAAUCAAAACCCAACCUUUAUCAAUUUACCCGUGGUGAAGCACAGAUGUUCCAAACUGUCAGACUGGAUGUGCAACUGGUCAACUAGAGUCAGGUGCAGGAGAGCAGAGAUAAGUGAACAGGCACACUUUAAUUGGCAGAAGCAAAUCAGUCGGACGCAACAGCGUCACAACACUCCUGCCAAAGGCAAAAGCGAAUAGCGCACUAGUCACACAAAUAAUGUACAACAAUACAAUACCACGGGUUCAAAACAAUACCCGGAAAAACCCAGCCUGCCACGUCACACAAUAAAGGUAACGAACAAUUACACACACAGACAUGGGGGGAACAGAGGAUAAUAUACACAUAGAGUGAU